GGCCAAGUUACUUCCUUCCGGGUCACCCAAUAUGGCGGCGCCCAGAGAGACGGCGUGAAUGUUGUGCCAGAUUCAGAGCAGUGGGAACCGUGCGCCAUGUCACGACUGAUCGUGAAAAACCUCCCGAAUGGGAUGAAAGAGGAGCGUUUCAGGCAGCUGUUCUCCUCCUUUGGCACGCUGACAGACUGCAGCCUGAAGUUCACCAAAGAUGGCAAGUUCCGGAAGUUUGGCUUUAUUGGCUUCAAGUCUGAGGAAGAGGCCCAGACAGCACUGAACCAUUUCAACAAGAGUUUUAUCGACACAUCCCGGAUCACGGUGGAGUUCUGCAAGUCGUUUGGGGACCCGACAAGGCCCCGAGCCUGGAGCAAGCAUGCCCAGAAACCAAGCCAGCCCAAGCCACCUUCUAAAGACCCCAUUUCCCCAGAAACGAAGCAAGACAAUAAGAAGAAAAAGGUCGCCAGUGAACUGGAGAAGCUGAAGGGAGACACUGAAUUCCGGGAGUUCCUGUCAGUCCACCAGAAGCGGACGCAGGCUGCCACGUGGGCAAACGAUGCUGUGGACACUGAGCCAGUGAAAGGGAAGACCAAGCCGGCCAGCGACUACCUGAACUUCGACUCAGACUCAGGGCAGGAGAGUGAGGAGGAGGGGCCUGGUGAAGGCCCAGAAGCAGAGGAAGACCUCACACCAAAGGCAGCUGUACAGAAGGAGCUGUCAGACAUGGAUUACCUGAAAUCCAAGAUGGUAAAGGCUGAGUUGUCAUCUUCCUCCUCCGAGGAGGAGAGUGAAGAUGAAGCAGUGAACUGUGAGGAAGGCAGCGAGGAUGAGGGUGAGGCUUCCUCUGCCACCCCAGCCAAGCCUGAAAUAGAGAGGAAGGGGGCUGGCCAUGAGCACGGGGCCCCGUCUGGGAAGGAGCAACCACUGGAAGCCAGAGCUGAGACAGAGAAACCAGCAACCCAGAAGGAUCCCACCACCCCCUACACCGUGAAGCUGCGGGGAGCCCCGUUCAAUGUCACAGAGAAAAAUGUCACAGAAUUCCUGGCACCCCUGAAGCCAGUGGCCAUCCGGAUAGUGAGAAACAGUCAUGGAAACAAAACAGGUUACAUCUUUGUGGAUUUCAGCAGCGAGGAGGAAGUGAAGAAAGCGCUAAAGUGCAACAGGGAAUACAUGGGUGGACGCUACAUUGAAGUGUUCAGGGAAAAGAGCAGCCCCACAGCCAAGGGGCCCCUGAAGCAUGGUGCCAAGCCCUGGCAAGGCCGGACGCUGGGGGAGAACGAGGAGGAGGAGGACCUGGCUGACUCCGGGAGGCUGUUUGUGCGAAACCUGCCCUACACCAGCACCGAGGAGGAGCUGGAGAAGCUCUUUUCCAAAUACGGCCCCCUGUCUGAGCUCCAUUACCCCAUCGACAGCCUGACCAAGAAACCCAAGGGCUUUGCCUUCAUCACUUUCAUGUUCCCCGAGCAUGCCGUGAAGGCCUACGCCGAGGUGGAUGGGCAGGUGUUCCAGGGCAGGAUGCUCCACGUGCUACCAUCCACCAUCAAGAAGGAAGCCAGCGAGGAUGCUGACACCCCGGGAGCAUCGUCCUAUAAGAAGAAGAAAGAGCUCAAGGACAAAGCCAGCAGCUCCAGCUCUCACAACUGGAACACGCUCUUCGUGGGGCCCAACGCCGUGGCCGAUGCCAUCGCCCAGAAGUACAGCGCCACCAAGAGCCAAGUGUUUGACCACGAAACCAAGGGCAGCGUGGCCGUGCGCGUGGCCCUGGGGGAAACUCAGCUGGUCCAAGAUGUGAGACGCUUCCUCAUUGACAAUGGGGUCUGUCUGGACUCCUUCAGCCAGGCUGCAGCAGAACGAAGUAAGACUGUGAUGCUGGUGAAGAACCUCCCCGCCGGCACCCUGGCGGCCGAGCUGCAGGAGACAUUCGGCCGUUUCGGCAGUCUGGGCCGCGUGCUGCUGCCGGAAGGUGGCAUCACCGCCAUCGUGGAGUUCCUGGAGCCCUUGGAGGCCCGCAAGGCCUUCCGACACCUGGCCUAUUCCAAGUUUCACCACGUCCCCCUGUACCUGGAAUGGGCUCCAAUGGGCGUCUUCUCCAGCUCAUCCCCGCAGAAGAGAGAACCCAGGGACACACCAGAGGAUACAGACAAGGUGGAGCCAGAAACCGUACCAGGCAAUGAGACUCCAGAAGGUGAAAAGCCAGUGGAGCGGGGAGAAGAUGACUCUUCGGCAAAGAUGGAAGAAGAGGAGGAAGAAGAAGAGAGCCUUCCAGGGUGCACCUUGUUUAUUAAAAAUCUCAACUUCGACACAACAGAGGCGACACUGAAGGAAGUGUUUUCCAAAGUGGGAAUGGUGAAGAGCUGCUCAAUUUCCAGGAAGAAGAACAAAGCAGGAGCACUGCUUUCCAUGGGGUUUGGAUUUGUGGAGUACAGGAAGCCGGAGCACGCCCAGAAAGCUCUCAGACAGCUCCAGGGUCAUGUCGUGGACGGCCACAAGCUGGAACUGCGGAUUUCGGAAAGAGCCAUCAAGCCAGCCACAACAUCCACUCGGAAGAAACAAGUGGCCAGAAAGCAGACGACCUCCAAAAUCCUGGUGCGGAACAUCCCCUUCCAGGCCCACAGCCGGGAGAUCCGCGAGCUCUUCAGAGCCCUUAGAAUACGCCUGUCUUCGGCAGUCGUGGCCCCUGAGGUUUUGAAUGUCUGUGAUGUUCAUCAAGGCUAGUCCACAAAUUGCCGUUGUUAGUGGCCCCUGACUCAUGGGCACCCCAGACACGAUGAAACAAAACGCUACCCAGUCCUGCGCCAUCCCGGACACGGCUGGUUGUGGAUCGGACCUUUGUGAGCCACAGGUAUGUCAUUGGAUGGUUUCUGGAAGUAGAUCUCCAGGCCUUUCUUCUUAGUCCAUCUUAGUCUAGAAGCUCCGCUAAAACCUGUUCAGCAUCAGAGCAACACAGAAACCUUCCUGACAGGUGGGCGGUGGCUACACAUGAGGGGCUUUGACCAGGAACCGAACAGGGCCUCCCACGUGGAAGGUGGGAAUUCUACCACUGAACCACAGUGCCUCGUCUACAGAUAACGCGGGCUGACUGCGAGCUGAGCGAGUGCGGUGCCGGUUUCAAAGCACCCACUGUUGCCCUCAGGGUAACUAUAUUCUAAGCAAGUGAUGGGCCCACUUGUCGGGGGUGAUUACAAUUAGCAGGUCAAAACCCAUUGCUGUCAAGUCUAUUCUGACUCAUAGCAACCCUGUAGGACAGAGUAGAACUGCCCCAAAGGGUUUCCAAGAAGCAGCUGGUAGAUUUGAACUGCCAACUUUUUGGUUAGCAGCCUGAGCCCUUAACCACUGCGCUGCCAAGGUUCCAGUUGCCAGGCAGUAACCACAGAAUGCCAAAGAAUCAAUUCCACUAGUGAGCAACCCAAAUAUGGCUGGCAUAUUUUUUAUUUGGGUGAAAGAAAAGGAUCUGCAGUUCUUAAGGGACUCCAAGGUCCGUAUUAGCCAGCUGUGGGAUGCAGCUCAACAGAACCACAUGGUCUAAAUCCCUGAUGCCCCCCCCCCUUCAGGGCAUGAUCACAUCUUGAAUCAAGGUUUUAACAUGGGCCCCUUGCUGUAGGAGAGGACAACGUGAGCUAACCAGGCUCCAUCAGGAGGGAAGAAUGAGGGCUGGCCAGCCUACAGAAGGAAAGCCUGAGAGGAGACCGAAGGGCUGAGACUCAGAGCAGAUGUUACCCAGAAUCCAGUUUCUGCAAAGGGUCAGAACAAACAAAUGCACACCUGGCAGAAUGGCUGAGCUAAAAAGUUGCGGCAACACAAGGUGCUGGUGGAGACACUGUGUCACUCACACACUGCUGUAGGAGUGUCAUAUGGCACCACCACUCUGGAAGAGAGCCUGACAGUUUAUUAUUAACCUAAACACACGCUUCCCGUACAACCCAGCAGUUGCACACCUGGACCUUUAUCCCAGAGAGGUGGAAACUUAGGUUCACACGAAAACCUGUACACACGUCCAUCAAUAAAUGAACGGAGAAACAAAAUGUGGUAUGUCCAUACAAUGAAAUUACUCAGCUAUAAAAAGCGAGGAGGUUCUGAUACAUGCUACAACAUGGAUGAACCUUGAAAACAUCAUGCUGAGUCAAAGAAGCCAAAAAAGACCACAAAAUUGUAUGAUUCCAUUUUUAUGAAAUGUCCAGAACGUUGUUGUUGCCCUCAAGUCAGUUCCUACUCAUAGUGACCCUAUCUAUGGACGACAGAACGAAACAUCAACCGGUCCUGCGCCGUCCUCACAGUUGUUGCUGUGCUCAAGCCCAUUGUUGCAGUCAUUGCGUCGGUCCAUUUCAUUGAGGGUCUGCCUCUUUUUCUCUGGCCCUCUACUUCACAAAGCAUGAUGUCCUUCUCCAGGGACUGGUCUCUCCUGAUAACAUGUACAAAGUACAUGAGACAAAGUCUCGCCAUCCUGGCUUCUAAGGAGCAUUCUAGCUGUACUUCUUCCAAGAUAGGUUUGUUCAUUCUUCCGGCAGUCCAUGGUAUAUUCAGUAUUCUUCUCCAACACCAUAAUUCAAAGGUGUUAGUUCUUUCAUGGUCUUAGUCAUUGUCCACCUUUUGCAUGCAUAUGAGGUGAUUGAAAACACCGUGGCUUGAAUCAGGGGCACCUUAGUCUUCAAAGUGACAUCUUUGCUUUUUAACACUUUAAAGAGGUCUUUUGCGGCAGAUUUGCCCAAUGCAGUACAUCCAGGAGGGUAGAUUAAUGGCUGGGGGGAAUGGGAAGGUUGGGGGGUGAUAGCUAACAGGUGCGGAGUUUCUUUUUGAAUUGAUGAAAAUGUUUUAAAAUUGAUUCCGGUGAUCGUCGUUCAACACCACAAAUAUAGUAAAAACCAUUGGAUUGUAUAUUUUAAAUGAGUGAAUUCGAUGGUAUGUGAAUUAUAUCUCAAUAAAGCUGUUUAAAAAAAAAAGAAAACUUGUACAUGACUGUACGUAGCAGCUUUAUUAAUAAUGGCCGAAAACUAGAAACCACCCAGAUGUCCAUCAGUGGGUGAAUAGUUCGACUGUGGUACGUCCGUACCGUGAAAUACUACUCGGCAAUAAAAAGGAGCAAACUGUGGAUACACGCAAACACCUGGGUGAAUCUCUGGAGAAUUAUGCAGAGCGAAAAAGGCAAUCCCGAAAGCCUGCAUACCGUACAAGUCCAUUUAUGUGACAUUUCUGAGAUGACAACAUUUAUAGGGAUUUUGGAGAAGAGAUUAGUGGUUGGUCAGGUGUUACAGAGGAAAGGAGGUGGCUGAGGCUGUAAACGGUAGUAGGGGGAUCCUUUUGAUGGAAUGUUCUGUAUCUUAACUGGUGGUCCUCAUCCAAACCUAUGUGUGAUAAAAUUUCAUGGAACCAAAUACACACCCAAAUGACUUAUGUAAAACUGGUGAAAUCUGAAUAAGGCCAGCGGAUUGUAUCGAUGUCAGUUUUCUGGUUGUGAUAUCGUACCCUAGUUAUAGGGUCGCUAUGAGUCAGAAUCAAUUCGACAGCAACAGGUUUCUAUGUCAGAUGUUACUGCUGGGGGAAACUAUUAUUUCUUAAAAUUGCAUGUGAAUCUACAAUUAUCUGAAAAUUAAAAGUGUUUAAAAAAUGAAUAUCCUAAUCCAGAAAAGAUUAGAAAAGGCUACUCCAUGCAGUAGUGAGUUUCCCAUCACCAGAGGUAAUCAAGUGAGGGUUAGGAUGACUGUUAAGGAUGCUAUAGAUGGGAUUCCUGAUGGAAUGAGAGGCCAGGCCCACUCCCUAUGAAACUCUUCCACCCCAGGAAUGUAUCAGUGGUAAAGUCCACGGGAUCCAAGAAAGGAGAACUUGCCAGGCUUUGGGAUCAGCAGUAGCUGGUUUGGCUCUUUGGUCAGAAGAAAGUUCACUCUCUGCAGCCACGCAGACAGUAGCCCAGGGAGGAGGAAAACUAGGGGGAGAGAAGUUAUCCCAACUUUUAUAUGCUGCAUAAACAGUUUAUACACUUUGUUACUUAAAUUAGGCUAAUUGAACCAAGGGAAAUGAAUGAAGAGACUGGCCUAGAAAGUAUAUUUUAUCUCCCAGGAUCUAUUUUUAUAUAAUAGCGUGACCCUGGUACUACAGAGAAUGUAGAAAAAAUAUUAAACUUCCGUUGUUCGCAGCACGAGAAAAUACCAUUUGAGUGAGUGUCUCUACCCCUUUUUGAGAGAGCUAAGAAACCAGCACGUAACCUCCUUGGGCUCUUGUUGAUCUGCGCCCCUGCAGACACUUGGACCUGCAGGGUGGGCACAAGUCUGUGUUUCUAAAAGCAUACCUUUCCCUGUUGAAGGAGUCCGUGGGUGGUACAGAUGGUUAAAUGCUCGGCUGUUACCUGAAAGGUUGGUGGUUCGCAGCCUUGGAAACCCUACGGAGCAGUUCUGCUCUGCACACAUGGGGUUGCCAUGGGCCGGAAUCGACUUGACAGCAACUGGUUUGGUCUUUGGUUUUCCCUGUUUCUCUGAAAACAGAGCCCUGAGGCAUUUGAUGGGGAUGCAAACUGGGUGAUAGUUCCUUCAUUCGGGGGCCUGCUUUGCAGAGACCCUAUUCCAGAUCCUUCGCUUCUCCUUUCUUAAUUAUGCUGCUCUCUGCCUACAAAUACAUCCACCGGGGGUUGGUCGGCGGCUGUAAAAGUUCCUGCUCCGCAAACCAGGACCAGCAACACUUGCUCAGAUGAGCUGCUUGGGUUAUCCAAGUUCUCGUUUUUCAUGCUGUCCUUGUGCCUCGGUCAUCGGGAGUUGGCUGUAAGCUUGGAAAGGAGCCACUGUGAUUUUCCAAAUGAGAAAAACACCAGGCAAGGAGUCAGGAGGCCUGAAUUCUGGCCCCCGCUCGAUCUCACACCAGUUGUCUGACUUUGGACAGUUGUGUGACUUCUUAGGGCCUCAGUUUGUUGAAUGAAUCAAUGACGGGGUUGGGCCAGGCUGGCCACAGCAGGUAGCUUCUGCCCUCUGAGCCAACACAAAUCUGUUGGUCAUGGCUACCUAGACUUCUGUACUGGAGGAGUGUGAGACUGUGUUCCAGCUAUGCAGGUAAUGGCAUCAUAAUUGAUUAGUGAUGUCUGCCACGGGCCCAGGAGCAGCAUCUGUGAUGGGUAAGUGGCUGCAGGUAUUCGCCUACAAUUUCUCAGUUGCGAGGCCCUCUCUGAAAGGCUUGCCUGUUUCCCUCUGCCAGGCAGGCUGGUGGAGCAGUCCCAACCCAGAGCUGAUGGGGAAGCCUAUUUAGUUUUCCCCUUUAAAAAAAUAACAGUCAACACUGAGAGUUGAGAAAUGGUCCCUGGGUAGCACAAAUGGUUUGCUCUCAACUACUAAAGGUUGGUGGUUUGAACCCACCCAGUGGUACCACAGAAGACAGGCCUGUCAGUCUGCUUCUGUAAAGGUUACAGUCAAGAAAAUCCCACAGGGCACCUCUACUCGGUAACACAUCGGGUUGCAGGGAGCUGGAAUCAGUUCAACGGCAACGGGUUUUUGAUGGGUGAAAAGGGGGUUUCUUUUUGGUUGUUGUUUUCUUCCCUCCUGGGACCAAGAUUUCCAAGUUGGUCUUCAUUGCAAGUGACAUUUUGUUUCGCUCCAUGCCUGGGCUGAUUCCAGAGUGGGCGACAGAAGCCCAGGCUGUGGGACGGGCGCCCAGGGGAGAGUGUGCGGGUCCCAGGGGUGAGGUGGUGGUGCGCACCGUCUCUUCUCUCCAGUCACAGGCGGCCACAGUGCUUGCUCUCACCUUGCUUUCACACCUCCGCCUGCGCCAUUCAGUACCUUUUCAGUUACAAGGUCUCCGCGCUUUGUCUGGGCUUGUCUGCCGGCCCUGGUCUCAUUGUUGGAGCCGAUAAUUGUGGCGCUGAGAGGCAGCACGCAGUCCCCCGGGUAUCUUCAGAGCGUUCUGAGCAGGAGCAGUGGCUGCCUGCUGCGUGUCUCAGAGCUUCCCUUGGAAAAGGGAGAUCUCAACACACUGCUUCUUAGUGAAGGACGAACCCGUCGGUUUAGCAAAUACUUACUGAGCAUCUCUAAGGAGGCUGGAUACUGGGUUACAGAAACAAGGAUGAACUCCAGGAAAGGACCUGACCACCUAGGUUUAGGGGAAGGUGGAUACCCAAGCUUCACCGUUUAGGGCAGAGACCAGGUCUUAGAGGACAUCUCGUACUCACUUAGUCAUCAUGGACAAGUUACUUCAUCUCUCUGGGACUCAGUGCUUGUCUUUGUAUAAUGGCGAGAUCGACAGCUGUGUCUGGUUUAUCGUAAGGAAUGAGGUCAAUGAUGUUAGAAUUGGAGUUGGCAUUCUUCCUGGCCCAGGGCAGUCAUUGUCUGCAUCGUGGCUUAUGCCUAUGGUUCCUAGAGUAUGUUAGGACUGUGAUAGGAAGCCAGGGAGAAAACCAACUGCCAUUGAGUCAACUCAGACUCCUGGCGACCCCAUGGGCGUCAGGGUAGAACUGUGCUUCCUAAGACUACACUAGGAGCCAAGGAGCUGGGCUUUCAUUCCCAACUGUGCUAACUAGCUGUGUGCUGUUAGGAAAGUUACCUUCUCUCUCUGGUCCUCACCAGAGGAAACUGCAGUGAGGGGGCUCAAUUACACGACAUUCUCUGAACGGGGCUUAUAUUCUAAGGGAACGUUUCAUAAAAUCACACAUUGCCAUCACAGUGUUCCUCGAGCUUGAAUAAUGUGCACAGAGCCCUUUAAAGAAAAUAAAAGCCUUGUGUCGACAUCAUUAUGUUUUAUCAUUAUGUUACUGAAACGUGCACAGAUGUAAAACUCAGAGUAAACUGACAACUCACGCUUAUGUUCACAUAGGACUGUAAGACCACCAGGUCAGGGUUUCAAAUUAAACACAAGCAAAAUUUAAAAUCAAUAAAGUUCAAACGGACAGCAUUAUUUUAGUAUGACGGAUGAUGUUGUUUUGCCGAAACUAAAUUCCGUAUGCUAGUUUUAAUAUUAGAAGGAUGUAGCCUCAGGUUUGAUCAUUAAUCUGCUUCUGUAUCUUUACGUCAGUAUGCUAAUGCCGGGAGUGUCUGCUUGCGUAAGUAAGGACGCUGUGCAGAACAGAAAUACUGACUUGCAGGCUUUAUUUGGCAGUUCAGCGCAAUCAGGUUUUGUUUAUCUAAGUCUCAGCCUGUCAUCAAACACCCCUUUUAACACAGCGUCACUUACCUGUUGCUGUCGAUUCUGACUCAUAGCAACCCUAUAGGACAGAGUAGAACUGCCCCAAAGGGUUUUGAAGGCUGUCAUCUUUCCAGAAGCAGACUGUCACAUCUUUCUCCUACAGAAUGGCUGGUGGGUUUGAAUAACUGACCUUUGGUUAGCAGCUGAGCACUUAACCACUGUACAACUAGUACUCCUUCAACGUCGCUUAGUGAUUCUAUUAAGCCAUCUCUGUCACUUAAAAAUAAAAGUUAGCAUUAUAAUCUUAUGUCAAUAAAUGGAUAACCAGUUACCCUUGGAACUGGGAAGAGAAAAGCAUUUUGUUGUUCAUAUGGCUAAUUGAUCUCUUGUUGCAAAUGGGUACCGUCUGUGUAAAGACAGGUUCCACACAGCAUAGCGUCCAGUCCCACAGAGUAAGGCAGUGUAUUCCAGCACAGGUCUUUUGAGGUCACCAUGUCUACAAGUGGGUGCUCUGGGGGGGUCACAGGGCCCCACUUCAGGGUAGUGUUCAGACUACCAGGAACUCUGAAUGGCCACUUUCCCAUCACUGAAAUCGGAAAUUUUUUCACAGUACUGUUAUACAUGUAUAUAGACAUAUUUUUAAAAAAUUAGGUUGCAUAAAUAAAAACAAACUUUUAAAAUUAUCAUACAGAAAUAUCUAAACUACUCCCCAGUAUCCCGCCAACACACACAUGCAUACACACACACACCACACACACACACACACACACAAAUCUCUUGGAGGGGCAGCAGACCCUAAUUGGAGAAACUCUGUUCUAUUAAAUUGGAUCCUUCUUUAGUGCAAAUUUCAGGCCCAAAUACUCGUUGGGUCCACUUAGACCUGUAGAUCUUUUUCCCUGCCAAGCUCACUUGUGGUUGAAAUGCUGCCGAUUUAGAUGCAGUUUACUCUAUUAGAGCUGGUUGUUCUGCCGCUUGGCCACCAAGGUUAAAUGAAGCUCCUGGUGCUCUUUAGCAUGUCCUGGCAGUGUGGGUAUUUGCCUGGGAAAGGGAUGUGGGCUGAGGGUUCAGUAAGGGGACCGCAGAAGUCAAAGCAAGAAGCUGCUGAGUGAAAAGAGAGGGGCUCUUACAGCUACAGGCUUUGUGCAAAAUCAAACACAAAUUCCGAAUAUGGGUUUUAAUGUUUAGGUACAGCGAUUCAGAGCAGCAGUGUCAUAGUCUGUGGAAGUGGCAGCCUCAAGAGUUGUGCAGUAUUAAACCUGUACAACUGAACGUGGCAGCCCUGGGAGUCCAUCAGAUCAGUUUUUAAAUCCUCGUGCCUCCAUCUCCCGCCUCCGAGACUGGGACAUCCUGAACCUGAGUGUGUGCAUCUGUAAAAUGGGGACCAUAGCACACACUUGCCAGGGCAUUUGGGGGAUUCAAUGAGGAAGUGAAAGUAAAGCAGCUAGCCUAGGACCAUGGUCCCCAAACUGUGCCAAGGCACCUUGGGGUGCCACAGUGAAAUGUGCCGCAGGCGGUUGUAAUUUUUCAAGAGAAACAGUGGCAUCUGUCAGGGAUGGUGUGAGCUACUACUACUAAGUUGUUUAGACCUAACCAGUUAAUAAAGGGAUGGUUAGGUGUUUCUUUUUUGCCCUAGGGUGCCAUGAGAAAAAUUGCAGACACACCAAGGGUACCAUGAACCAACGAAGUUAGGGAACCCUUGGCCUAGUGCUUGGUGCAAAGUCAGCACUCGGUAAAUAAUAGAGACUGUUACAUAGUCCCUAGGCAAUGCAGACAGUUAACGCAUUCAGCCAAUAACCAAAAAAUUGGCAGUUGGCAUCCACCCAGGGGUGCCAAGGAAGAAAGGCCUGGUGAUCUACUUCCAUUCCGAAAAUCAACGGUGGAGAACCCUGUGGAGCACAGUUCUACUCUGACACACAUGGGGCUCCAUGAGCAACUUGAUGGCAGUUGGUUUGGGGUUUUUUGGGGGGAAGUCAGGAUGGCGUUUAGUGUUUUGUUUUUUAAUUACCUCUGAGAGCCGGAACUCACCAGGACUGCCUUGUUUUUCCUGGUCCUGAGAGUUUUCUGCCUUUAACAUAGUGCAGUCUUACCACUUUUCUGUUGCUCUCUAUUAGUGGAAAAUUAUUGCGUUUUCCUUCUCUGACAGGUUUCUGCCUCACACAGGUUCCAGCUUUCAAGGGUUUUACUGUAUGUAACUGGAAAGGCCGUGCUGGCCUCAAGAUUCCAUUUUGGUUCGAUUCUUCAUACAUUUCUCCAUCUUUGUGGGGCUGGAAUUGGAAUCCAGGGUUGUUGGCUGUUCUUCCCACCUCCCCUCUCUUCACCUCUGCACUCUUGUAAAUCCAUUGCUGAACACUGACUCCCCAGCCCAGGCUGUUUGCAGUCAUCUCAAAGGGCUUUAUGGAAGCAUCCAAAACAUGAAAGUCUCAAGAAAAUUCAUUCACUUGAAAGUCCCAGGUUCGCCAUGUUCCUAGCCCGGGGCAGCACCAUUAGCCCAGAGUUGGGGUACGGCUCCUCCUCCCAGUUAGGGGACCCUCUCUGCGCAGCCUGGUUUCUGUGAGGCCUCUAUGUGGGGACGGCCCCAGCCACCCUAGACAUUUAAAGCAACCGCGGCCCCUAACCAAGAAACCUCCCAGAGCUCUUAGCACCAUGGCGCGUGGUGAGCUGCUGUUUUCUGGAAGAUUCGAGGGUUUUCCCUCAACUGGAGCAAGUGAACAGAGGACGUUACAGCGAAGACCUGUGAACCCAGAGACCCAGGGCUUUCUGUUGCUUUUGUUUUAUUUCCCCUCUUCCCUCCAACCACUUCUGUGGCCACCUCGGCUAUUGGGGUACACAUUAGCCUACAGGUAUCAGGUUAAACUAUAAAUAUGUGAUCAUCUUUGAUCUACAAACAUGGCACUGUUUGUUAUUAGGUGCUGUCGAGCCGGUUCCCACUCUUAGCGACCCUACAUACAACGGAAUGAAACACUGCCUAGUCCUGCACCAUCCUCCCAAUCAUUGUAUUGUUUAAUUAAGCCUAGUAGUAGCUGUUCAUACUUCACUGAGCCCUCACCAUUCUGCCCUGUCACGUGGGGUGCUGUGAACUGAACGACUGUACACCUGCUAUGCAAGCGCCUUCUCUCUCAGUCUCGCUCCUUUUAGAUCUUUGUGCAUUUCGUCCCUGUGUGACCCUGUAGACAACAUAUGUGAUUGCUUCGGGACCGCUUACAUGAAAAACAGUGGCAUCUUUUUCGUGUCGCCAUGCUUUUUCUCCCCUCUAAAAUGUGUCUUGAAGAUUGUAUUCAUUUUCUCUGGGUGCUGUAACAAAGCAACAGAAACAUGGUGGCUUAAAAUCACAGAAAGUUAUUCUCUCACAGUCUGGAGGCCAGAAGCCUAAAUUCAAGGCGUCAGCGGGGCCAGGCUCUCUGUGAAGGCUCUGAGGAAGGAUCCCUCCGCCUAUUCCAGCCUCCGGUGGUUGCUGCAGUCUUGGGCGUUCCUUGGCCUGUAGCUGCAUCCCGCCAAUCUCUGCCUCAUCUUCCCUGUCUGUAUCUGUGUCUCUUCUCUUUUGUAAGAACACCACUCUGAUGGUAUUAGGACCCACUCUACCCCAGAACAUCCUCAUGUUAACUGGCAACAUCUUCAAAGACCCUAUUUCCAACAGUCACCUUUACAAGUACAAGGGGUUAGGACUUCCACAUACCUUUUUGGAGUACACAGUUUAAUCCAUAGCGGAGAUCCUUCAGAUUUAGUUCAUAUAGCUCUACCUCAUUCUUUUCAGUUCCCUUUUGCAAGACCAAUGACUUAUUCAUCGCAGAUACCUUUUUUCAACAACGGAAAUGGCAACUAUACCACAUGGAAAACGCGGGAAUCAAAUCAUCUAUGUCUGUGGAAAGAGACGAUGGCGAAGCUCAGUAUCUUCAGUCAGAACAGGCCAGGAGCCGACUGCGGAACAGACCAUCAGUUGCUCAUAUGGAAGUUUAAGUUGAAGCUGAAGAAAAUUAAAACAAGUCCAUGAGAACCUAAAUACAACCUUGAGUUUUUCCCACCUGAAUUUGGAGACCAUCUCAAGAAUUGAUUUGAUGCACCAAAUGCUAAUUACCAAAGACCAGACGAGUUGUGGGAUGACAUCAAGGACAUCAUACGUGAAGAAAGCAAAACAUCGUUAAAGACAGGAAAGAAAAAAAAAGACCAAAAUGAUGUCAGAAGAGACUCUGAAACUUGCACCUGAACACAGAGUAGCUAAAGCGAAUGAAGAAAUGAUUAAGUAAGAGAGCUGAACGGAAGAUUUCAAAGGGCCGCUCAAGAAGACAAAGUAUUAUGAUGAAAUACGCAAAGACCUGGAGUUAGAAAACCAAAAAGGGGGAGCACAUUUGGCAUUUCUCAAGCUGAAAGAACUGAAGAGAAAAAUUAAAGCCUUGAGUUGGAAUUUUGCAGGGUUUUAUGGGCAAAAUAUUGGAUGACGAAGGAAGCAUGAAAAGAAAAUGAAAGGAAUAUGCAGUCACUGUGUAAAAAAAAAAAAAUUUGUACCGAAAAGAAUCGGUCGAGUUGAUCCAUUUCAGAAGGUAGCAUACGAUCAAGAACCAACGGUCCUAAGGAAAGAAGUCAAAGCUGCACCGAAGGUGUCGGUGAAAAACAAGGCUCCCGGAAUUGACGGAAUACUAGUUGAGAUGUUUCAACAAACGGAUAUAGCUCUGGAGGUGCUCGCUCACCUGUGCCAAGAACUUUGGAAGACAUUUACCUGGCUAACUACCUGGAGGACAACCGUAUUUGUGCCCAUGCCAAAGAAAGGCGCGAUCCAACAGAAUGUGGAAAUUGUCCAACAAUGUCAUCAAUAUCACGUGCAAAUAAAAUUUUGCUGAAGGUCAUUCAAGAGUGGCUGCAGCAGUCAUCGACAGGAACUGCCAGAAAUUCAAGCUGGACUGAGAAGAGGAUGUGCAGCAAGGGAUAUCAUUGCUGAUGUCAGAUGGAUCUUGGCUGAAAGCAGAGAAUACCAGAAAGAUGUUUGCCUGUGUUUUAUUGACUAUGCAAAGGCAUUUGACUAUGUGGAUCAUGACAAAUUAUGGAUAACAUUGUGAAGAAUGGGAAAUCCAGAACACUUAAUUGUGCUCACAUGGGAUUUGUACAUAAACUAAGAGACAGUUGUUCAAACAGAACAAGGGGAUACUAUGUAGUUUAAAAUCAGGAAAGGUGUGCCUCAGGGUUGUAUCCUUUCACCAUACUUAUUCAGUCUGUGUGCUGAACACAUCCUCUGAGAAGCUAGACUGUAUGAAGGAGAACAUGGCAUCAGGAUUGGAGAAAGACUCGUUAACAAGCUGCACUAUGUAGGUGACACAACCUUGCUUUUUGAAAGCGAAGAGGACUUAAAGCACUUACUGAUGAAGAUCAAAGACUACAGCCUUCAGUAUGGAUUACACUUCAACACAAAGAAAACAAAAAUUCUCACAACUGGACCAACAAGUAACAUCAUAAUAAAUGAAGACUAGGUUAAAGUUGUCAAGGAUUUCAUUUGACUUGGAUCCGCAAUCAACGCCCAUGGAAGCAGCAGUCAAGAAAUCAAACAGUGUAUUGCAUUGGGCAAAUCUGUUGGGGGGAAAAAAAUCUUUAAUGUUGAAAAGCACCAGCGUCACUUGGAGGACUGGAGUGCGCCUCAAGUGCAUGCAAAAGCUGGACAAUGAAUGAGGAAGACUGAAGAAGAAUUGAUGCCUUUGAAUUGUGGCAUUGGCAAAGAAUACUGAAUAUACCAUGAACUGCCAGAAGAAUGAACAAAUCUGUCUUGGAAGAAGUACAGCGAGAGUGCUCCUUGGAAGCCAGGAUGGCAGGACUUCAUCUUACAUACUUUGGACAUGUUAUCAGGAGGGACCAGUCCCUGGAGAAGGAAGUCAUGCUUUGUAACAUGAGAAAAAGAGAAAGCCACUCAAGGAGAUGGAUUGCCACAAUGGGUACAACAAUGGGCUCAAACAUAGCAAUGAUUGUGAGGAUGGCACAGGACCAGGCAGUGUUUCGUCCUGUUGUACAUGGGGUUGCUAUGAGUCAGAACUGUCUCAACAGCACCUAACAACAACAACAUUAUUUCUUUACUCUAAGGGAAUCAUACAGCCCACUUUACAGAUGAGGAAAAAGAGGUUCCAAGCAGGAAUGGUUGAGAGGUGACAAAGUCGGUUCUGGCCCCAGCCCCAGCUGUAUUUCCCUCCCACCAGUGGCCUUCCCUGUGUGCAGGACUCCAGUGUUGUCAUCGUCCCCCCCCCACCCCCAAAUCCUUUACAAACUGGUAUACACCACCUCCAAUCUGAAUUGAGCAAUGGGCCUUCCUGACAGACCCACCCAUUCAGGUUAAUGGAGAGUUACCAUUGAUACAAUGGAUGGCCAGUUUCCAAGGAAUUAGAAAAUAAUAGAAUAUACUUAACAUUGAAACUCAAUGGAGUGUAAUUGAAUCUUUGAUGAUCCAGAAGGCAAUUCAGGGCCUGCGGCCCUGGGUCAUCAUUACAAAUAUCAGUUAUCACUGUAGCUGGGCGAAAGCUUUGCUUAAUGGGGCUUCCUGGCUGCUAGCCUGUGUGGCUCUUAUUAUGUGCCACCUCCCCUGUGGGUGAGCCUGUCCUUUGACCAGAAAAGGAGGCCUGGGAAAGGGCUUUCAUCAUGAGGAAAGGCCCUUGUCCAGUAUCCAGAAAACUCAGGCAGGGCUGUGGGCUGUGGCCGUCCCAGCUGUGGUUCCAGCAUCAUCCCAGUCCCACAAGGGUGCUCUCCCCUUGAGACUCUGCAGAGCCCUUUCAGCUAGAGCCAGGGCUCUGUUGUCAGACAGCACCAGCUUUCAGUCGUCGGCUAGACUGUUCCUGGUUUUGUGCUCCCCCCUUGAGAAUCUGCAGAGCCCUUUCAGCCAGAGCCGGGGCUCUGUUGUCGGACAGCACCAGCUUUCAGUCGUGGGCUAGACUGUUCCUGGUUUUGUGGUCUCCCCUUGAGACUCUGCAGAGCCCUUUCAGCCAGAGCUGGGGCUCUGUUGUCGGACAGCACCAGCUUUCAGUCCUGGACUAGACUGUUCCUGGUUUUGUGCUCUCCCCUUGAGACUCUGCAGAGCCCUUUCAGCCAGAGCUGGGGCUCUGUUGUCAGACAGCACCAGCUUUCAGUCCUGGGCUAGACUGUUCCUGGUUUUGUGGUCUCCCCUUGAGACCCUGCAGAGCCCUUUCAGCCAGAGCUGGGGCUCUGUUGUCGCACAGCACCAGCUUUCAGUCCUGGACUAGACUGUUCCUGGUUUUGUGGUCCUGGCUAAGUCCUUACCUGUCUGAUCCUCAGUUUUCACAGCUGUAAAACGGUGAUAAUGCUAAUACCUCACGUCUUAGUCAUCUAGUGCUGCUGUAACAGAAAUACCACAAGCGGAUGGCUUUAACAAACGAAUUUAUUUUCUCACAGCUUGGGAAGCUAGAAGUCCAAGUUCAGGGCUCCAGUUUUAGGGGAAGGCUUUCUGUCUCUGUGGGCUCUAGGGGUGAUCCUUGUCUCUUUUCAGCUUCCGUUUCUUGGUCCCUUGGAGAUCUUUGUGUGGCUUGGCAUCUGUCUUCUCCCAUCUCUGCUUCUCCAUCUGCUUGUUUAAUCUCUUUUAUAUCUCAAAAGAGAUGUGACUCAGGAUAAUCCUACACUAAUCCUGCCUCAUUAACAUAACAAAGACAGCCCAUUCCGGAAUGGGAUCAUAACCACAGGCAUAGAGGUUAAGUUUUACAAUACACAUUUUGGGAGGGCACAAUCUAACCCAUAACACCUCUUCAUAGCCUUUUUUGAUGAGGAAUCAGGAUUUUGAGUGCUUAGUACAAUAAAAGCAUGAUAAAUCCUUAGCUAAAAUUACUGUUCUUACUACCAGUUGCCAUAAAGUUGAUUCCAACUCAUGGCGACCCCACGAGUAGAACUGUGCUCCAUAAGGUUUUCAGUGGCUGAUUUUUCAGAAGUAGAUUGCCAGGCCUUUCUUUCAAGGUGCCUCUGGGUGGACUUGAACUUCCAGCCUUUGGUUAGCAACAGAUGAUAAUAGUUGUUUGCACUACCCAGGGACUCCAGUGUUCUUAAUAGUAGUAGUAAUAUUUAAGCUUCAAGUCCACCAUCUUAUUUGAACCUGUCAGGCAUGUCAGACGACAUCACCAUCAUCAUCCUCCUCAACAUAAGUCACAUUUGCAGGGCUCUAUUCUAAGAGAUUUACUUGAGUUCUAUUGUUAAGUCUCAAACAACAACUUUAUGAGGUAGGUGAUAUUUUUAUCCCUUCUUUUAAAGAUGAGAAUAACCGAAGCUCAGAAGGGUUAAGUGACUUGCCCCAGUUCACACUGCCAGUUUAAGUAGCUGAGCUGAGACUAGAGCCCAGGCUUUCUGAUUACACCAUAUCAGCUCUGGGUCCUCACUUCAUCCCCUGAGCCAGCCCCUGAAUUCUGGCCCCUUAUCUCUUGAGGGGCAGUGGUGGUUCAGUGGUAGAGUUCCUGCCCUCCUUGCGGGAGACCGGGGUUCAAUUCCUGGCCAGUGUACCUCACACACAGCCACCAUCCAUCCGUCAGUGGAAGCUUGCAUGUUGCUAGGAUGCUGAACAGGUUUCAGUGAAGCGUCCAGACUCAGAUGAACUAGGAAGAAGGGCCUGGUGAUCUGCUUCUGAAAAUCAGCCAGCGACAGCCUCAUGGAUCACAACGGUCUGAUCCACAACCAGUCACAGGGAUGGGAAAUCAUAUAUAAAACAAU